GUGAGGCAGACAUUAUUCUUGACAGCACGCUUUUCAAACAGUCUUUGGUAACCGGCGUAGUCGGUAUAGUGGUCGUGGUUUGUGUUGUGUGAGGACGUUAAUUGUCUUACUUAGUGAACUGGAGUGGAGUUGCUGCAUAGGAAGAGUUUGUCUGUAGGUCAGAUCGUCAAGAAAUUUGUUCAUAAGAAUUACGUGGAGAUUUGUGAAGGCGGUUUGGUAUUUCCACAAAACUGAGUGAGCACAAUGGGAGGCCGUCAGAGUAAGCGCUCUGUGGACAUCACGACGACCCCGAAGAAGGAGGGAACAGAGGAGCAGCAGCAGCCCCUUGACGGGCGCCUGGGGCAUAUCGAGGAGGGCGAAGGCGACGCCAAGCCAGCGGCAAACGGCGCCCCAACACUGUCGUCCACAGAUAUUCAGGAGGAAGUGAUCCAGAAUGGGUCCGAGCAGAUCGUGGAUGGAGAGAUCGAGACUGCAGCCCAGACACCAGAAGCAGAGAGUACGAUAACAGAAGAGAAAGAAAAGGAGGAUACCAAGACAAAGAAAGAGAAGAAAGAAAAAGUGAAGAAGAAAUGGUCCUUCCGGUCCAUCAGUUUCUCCAGGAAAGACAAGAGCAAGCCACCACGUGAGGACAAGAAUGGUGACGUCACCAAGGAGGAGGUUGUUGAGGUUAACGAGGAGAAGGUUGAGGCAUCAGAAGCUGUGGCCCCAGCUGAGGCAGCACCGACCCCUCAAGAGGAAGCAGGUAGCCAUGCAGCAAAUGACAACGAAGUUACCGAGAAGAAGGAGGAGAUCAUAGCUGCUGAAGUCGAGACAAAGACUGUGGAGCCUGCUGCUGUCGAGGCACAACCUGUACAAGUCCAGGAAUCAGACAAUGAGCAAAAAACACCUGCCAGCAAUUCUGAGCCAACAGCUGAAGCACCAGCAUCCAUUCCAGCAUCAGAAGAAGUCCCUCCACCCCUGCCUGCAAGUCCACCACCCACAGAAGUGGAAUCUGCAUCCAUCACAGAACCUCAGAAAGUGGCAGAGGUCAUAGCACAAGUGGAGAGCAUCCCAGCAGAACCAAAGGACACCAUUGACAUUCCAGGCAUUGCAGUUCAGCCUGCAUCUCCUGUCCCGACUCCAAAAGUAGAGGAAGAUGUGGUAGCCAAAAUAGAGGAACCAGUGACACCAGCUCCUGUUGAGGAACCAAAGAUAGAGGAUGCUGGAGUUCCAGAAGCAGUAGAAGCUCAGGAACCAGCACUGGUUGAGGAGGAGAAGACUGAAGCACCCAUUCAAGCUGUGGAACCAGUACCCCUGAUAGAGGAUCAGGUGCCAGCUCCACCUGAAACACCAGCUCAGAUUGAACCGGUACCAGUUCAGACAUCUGAAGUCAAGACACCCGAGACACAAGAAUCAGUUCAGGCAUCCAAUGAAACAGCCCAGUCACCAACAGUGCAGACUGCUGUUGAAGAAUAAAGCUGCCCUUCCCUCUGUGGUGAAACAAAGUUACAGUUAUUGGACUAUUCAUUCCUCGUGGACGGACGGACAGAUGCAGAGUUGUGUGGCGAGUGUUGCUGCUGGAAGAUCUUCCAAGGCCUAAUCAGCUCAAUACCCAAGCAACACUCUAAAAUUCUGCUGCCAUUUCUUUUGUAUUGUGACACCUCAAGAAAAAAUACUCAAAAAUCGAAGCUCAUUGCCACUAACAAAGGGUUGCUGUGACCUGUUGCUAGUGUCUUUACAGUGUGCAAAAAAAGUCACUGAAUUGCCUGACCUUGGGGAUGGGUUUUCUAUGUGUAGGUCUCACUUGUCACUGCAUCACAAAACAAAGAUACAAAACAAUUUUUGGAUAAUUUUUUGACAAUUUUUUCAGAACUAUUUUCUUAAGAUGUUUUUUGUAUGUGUACUAUUUAAAAUAUUUUGUAUUGUUAAGUGAGUUUUCUGCUUUCUUUAGAUUAGAAUUAUCAAUCCAUAAAGAGUCCAGUUAAUCUUGGGAUCUACUUUUUGGGGGAAGACUCUCAAUAUAACAUAACACUGGAAAUUUUUUACAGAUCUCUACAGUGAACAGUAUGCUAUUGUAGACUGGUGUCUGCUUGAUGUGCCCCAUGUUUCAGUACUUAGUCUCUGCAACAGCAAAACACCUGGCUGGCAGCUAAACUGGGACAUCCCAGCAAAAGACAACGAAUAUUCUUUCCCCCUGGUGUUACAGUGUUUUUGCAGAGUACAUUGGUGUGUUCCAUAGUAAGAGAAACCCCAAAUUGCAUUUUUCUGCUACUUCUGAUUGUCAUGUGUAAAUGUGUUGGGGGGUAGUCACUGUGAUUAUCAAAGCGUUACCCAUCAGUUGACGUGCCCCAGUUCUCACAGUAAUCACUGUUACAAGAGUGGACUAUUUUAUUGGCCAAUUGAAGAGCUACAUUUAAAGAAUAUAGUAAAAUAGGUAUAUAAGAUUUCAGAAGAGGGGUGCGUUUGUGUGGCAAGCAGAAUAUAUUGAAAUGGUGAAUCCUGUACGUUGUGGCAUGUAUUUGUAAAGUGGGUUGGUUUUGGCAAACUGCGUCUCGUUUACAACCUUCAUGAAGAGAGAUCAUAGGCUUUUUGUUGGACAGACACUAAAAGCAAGGCAGCA